AUGCCGACAGUAAUAGCUCUGGAUGUGUCUUUAUCAAUGAGACGUCCUGUGAUAUCAACAGGAAUAGAUGCAUCACAAAAUGAGCAAUUGACUAGGCAUCAUCUAGCAGUGCAGGGUAUUCACACUUUAUUAAAUUAUCUACAAGUUAAUUCUAAAUUGGAGUUCGUCUCACUAGUUGUUUUUUCUUCGCUGUAUGAAUUAAUCUGUCCGUUCACCCGCGACUAUGACAGCAUACGUUCUCGGCUGCAGAUGAUAGAAGAGCGCGAUAAGACAUGUAUAGAGACCGCGUUGCACGGGGUUAAUAGCGUAAUAAUGAGCGAAUGGGGCAAUUCGACAGCAUGCCAGGUUAUUUUGAUCACCGAUGGAAAUCCAGGAGUCGGUGCAAUGUCUUUAGGACAUUCUCUUAAAUCACUACAUGUUGCUCGUGAGAAUCCAUUUCCUUUGCCGUUUCCUUUUCCUGGUAAACUCAGUGUUGUCUGUAUCGCUUCUCAGCAAGACGCAGGAUUAUCACAAGGACUUCCAUUGUAUCAAAAGUUAGUAGACUUAGCAGGUGAAGACAGCGGAGUGCUUGUUCCCGAGGGUUCGCUCUCAAAAACUUCAGUAAAUAACUGUUUCCAAAAACUCGCGGAAACUAAUUACGUCUCUUUCCAAGGAUACCUGAAGUGUGGAAACCUGGGGUCAAGGAUCCACUUAUCUCCAGCGCCGAUGAGUUACACAAAACGAACAGACUUUGAACUGGUACCUGGAAUGACGAUAUCUAAGACAAUUGAAAUCUGCGGGUUCAUUUCAGUGAGCGACGUCGGGAGUCCUAAUUCAAUUUCUCGGCAUCUAGUGUUGCCUUUACCAACAGAAAAGACUCCCAGUAUGCAAGGCGUGGUGUCUUUAGAGGAAGAAUCUGAUGCUGAAGACACUAGUGAUGAAGGAAAGUUCGCUUCUUUUUGUGUCUUACUCCACGGAGCGCUAAAAGUCGAGAACAUGGCUGCGCUUUGUCUUCUCCAAACCGACUGGUAUGGAUUUAUUUACUCUUGGGCAGAUACCAAGAAAAAAUCGAACCUUAUGCUGACGGUUUUGGAGCCUGGAGCCUAUGUCGUACCUUGGUUAGGAAAUUUUAACCAUCUAGGGCCUGCUGAUGUUGUCAGCAAGAAUGUUGAGGUUCUGGCUUUUCCUAUCAAGCCUACUGAAAAAAGAAGUUACUCUCAAAACGCACCUUCUUGGAUCAGACAGGUCGGAUUGCAGUCUGACAUUCAGAAAAUUUUGAGGCAUGCGAGAAAAUUGCCAGAAAAGACUCAGAAUUUUUACAAACGCGAAUGUACGCUACUUCCCACAAACUUACACUACGACUGUGCGAUUCAAAUGGGACAUGUCGCAAAUAUGUUAAGAAAACCUUUUUCUAGGGAAUUAAAAAAUAAUAUUACACCUAUUAAAAGCGCUAAAUUUCAUCAAGACCAAUGA